CUUGUUUAUUUUUAACUUAACGCGCCAGAUUUUUCAUACACACUGAAAUCAAUUGCUUUAAACACAUCGCAUCAAUGAGACUGUAAACUCUCCUAACAGGUGCUUUCUACCUAACAGGCAUUUUGUGUGUAACAUAGGUAUACGGUGAUAAUUAUUAAAUAAGCAUGGUGGAGAAACCAAUGAAUGCAUGCAUGCCUGUUAACAAAGAUGCAUUGUGUUGAAUCCACUGACAGGCAGGUAAAAGAGAAUAUAAAUUCCACGUGCAUUUGGAGUUCUCUCUUUCUUUUUACCAGUAUGGUAAAGUAUAACAAUGUGGUGAUAGCUUUAGGUCUUGCCAGUUUUUGAGUAACUGAUUAUUUCAAAGUUACUUAAAACGCACUACUAGAAUUUUAGUGGAGGGAAUUUGAAAUACCAACUCAGCAACGUUAAGCUCUCAGACACCUGGCUAGUUUACUGGUAGGCAAAGAGAAAUAUUAGAAAACAUAAAGAAUUACCGUCCCACACCCACCCCAUCCCUUUCCUUAAAAUACAGUGAGUGAACUGGUUGCUAACAGCACGCUCCCAUUAUUUUUCUGAGGAGAAGUCUGAAAUUAUAAGAAGAAAAGGCAAAGGAAGAAGUGUAAGAAGGUGGCCCCAGGCUAUAACCGUCAAUAAGGCAAAGAACGAAUAGAAGACCUGCAAGGGGGAAAAACAGGCUUGACUGGGGUUUUUGUUGGGGGCUUGGCUGGCAGAACUGGGGGGAGAGAGUCAAGACUGUGACUCAGAAUAGCAGCUCUACCAGUUUGGGAAAGAGCGUGGCACAGCGGUUAAGAACCUGGGCGCUGGAAUCACGCUGCUUGGGAUCCUGGGCCCUGUUCUGCCCCUUACCAAUUAUGUAACCUUGGGCAAGUAAUAAUUUGACUUUGACACCUCAGUCUGGGCAGUUGUGAAAUGGAGACAACACUACCUGUGGACCUUGCGGAGUAGGUGUGAGAGUUCAGUGCGUUCGUAAUUCAGCGCUGGGUGCUUAGCAGACGCUGGGUCAUUAUCCAACUUUUAGAGGUGAUGGAUCAUCUGCAUAGAGGGGAAUCAAUUGCUGCAAUACUCCGUAACCGGAGACGGAGGCAAUUAUCUUUAAAACAAGCCGAUUUCAAGGAUAUAUUCAAAAAGUCAACUUCAGGAUCUCUAGUGGAAGAGGAAGACCAGCACAUGAAAUUGUCCCUUGGAAGCAGCGAAAUGGGCCUCUCCUCCCAUUUGCAGUCUUCCAAGGCAGGAACCACACGCAUCUUUACCAGCAAUACCCACAGUUCUGUGGUGUUACAGGGAUUUGACCAGCUCCGACUUGAAGGAUUGCUCUGUGACGUGACCCUGAUGCCAGGGGACACAGAUGAUGCCUUCCCUGUGCACAGAGUCAUGAUGGCCUCUGCUAGUGAUUACUUCAAGGCUAUGUUCACAGGUGGAAUGAAAGAACAAGAUUUAAUGUGCAUUAAGCUUCAUGGUGUGAGCAAAGUCGGUUUAAGGAAAAUUAUUGACUUCAUUUACACUGCAAAGCUUUCUCUUAAUAUGGACAACCUUCAAGACACACUGGAAGCUGCCAGUUUUCUACAGAUUCUGCCGGUUUUGGACUUCUGCAAAGUAUUUCUCAUAUCUGGGGUCACUUUAGACAAUUGUGUCGAAGUUGGGCGGAUUGCCAACACCUACAAUCUGACAGAAGUGGAUAAAUAUGUUAACAGUUUUGUCUUGAAGAAUUUUCCUGCGUUGCUGAGCACCGGGGAGUUCUUGAAACUCCCUUUUGAACGUCUUGCCUUUGUGCUUUCCAGUAACAGCCUUAAGCAUUGCACUGAACUUGAGCUCUUUAAGGCUACCUGUCGCUGGCUACGCCUGGAAGAGCCUCGGAUGGACUUUGCUGCAAAGUUAAUGAAGAACAUACGAUUUCCACUGAUGACACCGCAGGAGCUCAUUAAUUAUGUGCAAACCGUGGAUUUCAUGAGAACUGACAAUACGUGUGUGAAUCUCCUUUUGGAAGCCAGCAAUUACCAAAUGAUGCCAUAUAUGCAGCCAGUUAUGCAGUCAGACAGGACUGCCAUUCGGUCUGACACCACUCAUUUGGUUACACUAGGAGGAGUGCUGAGGCAGCAGCUGGUUGUCAGCAAGGAAUUGCGCAUGUAUGAUGAAAAGGCCCAUGAGUGGAAGUCCUUAGCCCCCAUGGAUGCCCCGAGGUACCAGCAUGGCAUUGCCGUCAUUGGAAAUUUCCUCUACGUCGUUGGAGGACAGAGCAAUUAUGACACAAAAGGAAAAACGGCAGUUGAUACAGUCUUCAGAUUUGAUCCACGAUACAAUAAGUGGAUGCAAGUUGCAUCUCUAAAUGAAAAGCGCACCUUCUUCCACCUCAGUGCCCUCAAAGGAUACUUGUAUGCAGUUGGUGGACGAAAUGCAGCUGGUGAACUGCCUACAGUAGAAUGUUACAAUCCAAGAACAAACGAAUGGACCUACGUUGCCAAAAUGAGUGAGCCCCACUAUGGCCAUGCUGGAACUGUGUAUGGAGGUGUAAUGUAUAUAUCAGGAGGAAUUACUCAUGACACUUUUCAAAAGGAGCUCAUGUGCUUUGACCCUGAUACUGACAAAUGGAUCCAGAAGGCGCCAAUGACCACUGUCAGAGGUCUGCAUUGCAUGUGCACCGUGGGAGAAAGGCUCUACGUCAUCGGCGGCAAUCACUUCAGAGGAACCAGUGAUUAUGACGACGUCCUAAGCUGUGAAUACUACUCACCGAUCCUUGACCAGUGGACCCCAAUUGCUGCUAUGUUAAGAGGGCAGAGUGAUGUUGGGGUUGCUGUCUUUGAAAAUAAAAUCUAUGUGGUUGGUGGGUAUUCAUGGAAUAAUCGUUGUAUGGUAGAGAUCGUGCAGAAAUAUGAUCCAGAUAAAGAUGAAUGGCAUAAGGUGUUUGAUCUCCCAGAGUCCCUGGGUGGCAUCCGAGCUUGCACACUCACGGUUUUUCCACCUGAAGAAACCACACCAUCACCUUCUAGAGAGUCCCCUCUUUCUGCACCGUAAGGUCGUCCCUGCAACUAAGAUGCUGUAGUCCAACCUUUGCAGUGUGUCAUGAACUCUCUUCUUUUGCCCCCUCCCCUUAAGUAGUGUAUGUUAGGAUUAUCCUCCAGUAAUUGAUACAAAUAUUGGAAAAAAGACAUUGAUGUUCUUCGUGCUGUUUGUUUGGCUUCGAGUGUUUAUAAAGUGGUAAUAAACCAUUCUGGAAAUGUAUCCCAUAGAAGCUGAUAUUUAACAUACAAGAAAAAAAAAGUAUUGUCUAUAAGAUGUUUCUUCAGUACUUUUUGAUGCUGUGUACUGGGUGUAAGGUAUUUGUCAUCUUACAUUAGAAAAGCCCAAUAAACCAAGUUAAAAGGUGGAUUAUAGUAAAUGUGCAACUGUGCUAACUAGGCUUCAAAGUAAAAAGUUUUCCUUUCAUCUUUGACUGUGAGAUGUUAAAGGGAGGCAGCCAGUUCCAACAGGAGACACCAGACAAAAGGUUGCCAACUCGCAUGAGCUACCUGCCUCUUUCCAUAAAGUAUUUUUGACAUAUCUGUCAGCCCUCCUGUCUGUGGGGGUGCAUUGAAAACACAUCAAAUUUCUUAGACGCACAGGAGAAAUAAUCAUUGAAAUUCACCAAUCUUAAUUUUAAAAAAAACAACAUGACCCCUCAACUUGUAAACAAGGGUUUGGGGGUUUUUAAGUGUGUAUAAAUACAUACACACAUAUAUGUCAAAAAGGAAAUUUUUAAAAAUUGACUAGAAUGUCAAAUUAAUGUGAAAAAAAUAAAUACUUUUAAAUUUCUUCCAAAAAGCAGCUUCGGUUAAAAUGGGAAUUCAGUAUACACAUACUGAAUGCACAUAUGUAGAAUCAUACUGAAUUUAGGUGGACAAGGGCUAGAAAUUUUGAGCAACUAAAUUUGUCAUUUGACCAGAUUUUUCCCUCCAAAACUGUAAUCUACACCUUCUCCUUUGCUGUUGAGAUAACUUACAUAUUAUAUGUAUUCUGUAUACUCAGUUCAUAAGAUUAUUUAGCACACAAUACAGCAGCUUCACCUGAUGAGCUGCUUUUGCUCAGUGAAUUCAACUUCCAUGUUCUUUUUUGUUCAAUAAAAAACAUUUGAUGUCGU